AUGUCCCAAGUGCUUGAACAGCACGAUGAUAUUCAGCUUCUUCUGGAGAAUGCUAGCGACAUUAUCCACGAUGUCAUCGGGGAAGCAUUUCGAGCAGCAAAACUCGCCAACUACACCGAAGCCAUUGAGAAGAUGGAUAAACCAGAACCAUGGCAGACAUGGGUUUUCGGUAUGCUGAUCAUCUCUGCAUGUUCGUUUUCGGCGCCACUGGGUAUGCUGGUCCUACCGUGCCUCAGCAAAUCUCUUUACGAGCGGACCAUGAUUUUUCUUAUCGCUCUUGGCAUCGGUGCGCUCAGUGGCUCGGCUAUGUUUAUUAUGAUACCGCAAGCAUUCCACCUAACGGAGUUGGAUAACUUUACUUAUCAUUCCAAAUCCGCAAUAAUAGUGGGAGCGUUAUAUGCCUUCUUCACCGUGGAUAGGAUUUUACAGUACGCCUUAGAGUUUCGAAGGAGAAGGCAAGCGAAGCGGAAAGUCCACACAUCCACUAUCGUAUCGAUAAUGAACAACACACCAAAAGUAAAGGUGAGAAAUGGAACCGAGGAGACAACCUUGGACGGUUCAAUGUCAAACGGAGGCAUUGGAAGCCGAAGAAGCAGCACUCCAAAAAUAAAAGAAGUCGAUGAAGAAAAGGAGAAAGCAGAGUUGGCGGAAGAAGUGGGGAUCGCGAUGUUAAAUAAUGCGUUUGCGCGAUCGUUCUCUAGCCGACGACGCUUUGCAGUUAUGAGCGCCGUAGAUGGUAUCGAGCUGAGAGAAACGAGUCGAAAAAAUAGUGAAGCUCCUGGUCGAAAUGAAUUUCUGGAAACCGUCAACACCGAGAUAUCAAUGAACCAAGAUCGACUUUUGAAGUUAAAUAGUGACGGUUUUAGGUCUCGGGCUCAAUCUACCGUAAAAAGCCUUGAAGACGCCCGCGAGUCAGGAAAACAGGAAAAGAAGGUUAGCGACGAGGAAGUAUCAGUGGAUGUGAAAAUCGUUGAAAAACGCAUGGUUGAUCCGACCGCAAUCGAAGUCGGCAGCGUUGCCUAUAUGAUUAUUUUCGGAUCUAGUGCGAACAAUUUUGUUGAUGGAAUGAGCACAGGUGCCGCCUUUUCGGAUAGCAUCUUGCGAGGUCUAAGCAUAGGCAUCGCUGUUCUGUCGCAACAGUUUCCUCAAGAACUGGGAACCCUUGCCAUUCUCAUCAACUCUGGUCUAGGGUUUCGACGAACUAUGCUGUACAAUCUUAUACCAAUUGUUCUCAGCUAUGUUGGAUUCGCUUGCGGAGUUUUGUUAGACAAUAUCGACGAGAGUUUCGACACAUAUAUAUUCUCGAUAUCUUCCGGAAUGUAUCUGUAUAUCUUUCUUGGAACUUUGAUUCCGGAAAUACGGGAUAGUGUCAAUGAGCUAAUGAAGGUGGAUAUGGCUGAAAGUCUGCUUGUCACGCUGUUACAGUACCUUGGCAUUGCAUUUGGCAUAGCCUUUAUGUUCUACAUGAGUCUCAUGGGAGAUGUGGAACUCUAA